CUGGAGGUCAGUAUGUGGCUCAGUAUGAUGUGCAAACCCAGGACAUUUUUUCAGCAAGAAUGCCUGCUUCUUGAGCACCAUUCUCCGAAUUCUUCAUCGAAGUUCAGAAGAGUGUGGAGUGGAACCUCCAAGCCUGACCAAUCCAACCAAGUUCAUCUGGCAGCCAUGCUCAGAGGAGGUCUUCAAUCUGGACCGGUUCCUGGAUCUGCUUCUCAUCGUGAUUCCUCUCCAAGAGACCCAUGUGCGCCCCCCUCUCCGAGAGCAGGGCAGCGGAUUCUUGACAGGUUCCUCCGGAAAGAUGUUUUAUUCAGCAGCGCUUUCCUAAUCCGGCUGGGCCUUAUCUUUUAUGGGAUUUAUCAGGACAGGACGAUGCUGGUGAAAUAUACUGACAUUGAUUAUCAGGUCUUCACCGAUGCUGCCAGAUGUGUCACGGAAGGGAAAUCUCCUUACCAGCGGGCCACGUACCGCUAUACUCCGCUCCUUGCUUGGAUGUUGACCCCAAACAUUCAUGUUAGUGACUUGUACGGCAAGAUCCUUUUUGUGGCUGGGGAUCUGGUGGCUGCCUUCCUGAUGUACCAGAUCUUGCUUCUCCGAGGGCUGGAAAGCUGGAGGGCCUGUGGCUGCUGCACCUUCUGGCUGCUCAACCCGCUGCCCAUGACCGUGUCCAGCCGAGGAAAUGCUGAGUCGCUGGUUGCCAGCCUGGUCCUUGGCACCCUUUAUUACAUGGCCAAGAGGCACGUGGUGAAGGCGGCUGUUCUUUAUGGCCUCGCCGUGCAUAUGAAAAUCUACCCCGUGACUUACGCGUUGCCCUUCGUUCUCUACUUGCAAAGCAACACAGGGGCGGAGCUGGGAAAAGCAAAGGCUUUUCUUUCGGAGAAGGGGAAGGUGGCUUCAGCAGGCCACCGCUGUGGGCUUUCCUCGAGGUUGUUCACUCGCGAAGUCCUGCUUUUUGCCACGGUGUCCGGGGGCAUUUUUGCCACCCUGGCCCUUGCGUUCUACCUCUGCUAUGGCUGGGAAUUUCUGGAGCACACCUACCUCUACCAUUUGCUCCGGAGAGAUACCCGCCACAACUUCUCCCCCUAUUUCUACAUGCUGUACUUGACGGCUGAGAGCGACUGGAGCUUGGCUCUGGGGCUCGCCGCCUUCCUGCCCCAGCUCCUGCUACUUCUCGCGAUCUCCUUUGCCUACCGCCGAGACCUCGCCUUCUGCUGCUUCCUGCACACGGCGGUUUUCGUGAGCUUUAACAAAGUGUGCACCUCCCAGUAUUUCCUGUGGUACCUUUGCCUCCUCCCCCUCGUCACGCCUUUCCUGGAAAUGUCCUGGCUGCGGGGGGCAAUGCUUCUGCUGCUGUGGCUCCUUGGGCAGGGCCUGUGGCUGCUCCCUGCUUAUUUCCUUGAGUUUAAAGGGCAGAACACGUUUCUGCUCCUGUGGCUCGCAGGCUUGGCCUUCCUCUCGAUCAACUGCACGAUCCUCGUUCAGAUGAUUUCUCACUACUAUCCCGAGCACAUCCCCAGAAAAAUGAAGCCGCUCAACUUGGAUCCUCUGACAGAGACUUAUGGAAUUCCAUUUUACUUGCAGUACUUGGCUCACUGGCCAGAGUAUUUUAUUGUUGCAGAAGCCCCUGGAGGAGAGUUGAUGGGCUACAUCAUGGGGAAAGCAGAAGGUUCGGUGGCCAGGGAAGAAUGGCACGGCCACGUCACCGCGCUCUCGGUCGCGCCUGAGUUUCGCCGGCUGGGUCUGGCUGCUAAACUGAUGGAGCUGCUGGAGGAAAUAUCUGAAAGAAAGGGUGGAUUUUUUGUGGAUCUCUUUGUAAGAGUGUCAAAUCAGGUUGCAGUGAACAUGUACAAGCAACUAGGCUACAGCGUGUACAGAACAGUGUUAGAAUACUACUCAGCCAGCAGUGGGGAACCGGAUGAAGAUGCUUAUGACAUGAGGAAAGCUCUAUCAAGGGAUAAAGAGAAGAAAUCAAUUAUACCAUUACCACAUCCUGUCAGACCAGAAGAUAUUGAAUAAGUGGAUGCUGUGGUUGCUAUAAAAUGUACUGAGAAUAAAACCUGUAGAUAAGUGGGAACAAUUAGGAUAUCUUUAAUGCAACUGAGAGCCUUUGAAGAAAAAGAGAGAGAGUGUAUGCAAAUACCAAGAAAGGUUUUCACUUUUAGGCUACGUCUCUAAAUCUUGUAAUGCCCUGAAAGCAGAAGCAAUCUUACGAAUUCAUUAUUUGUCAUGAUUCAAUUUUAAAAAUAUUAAUAAAUCCUAAGGCUGUAUUUCUAAUAAUGGAGGACUGAUAAAAUUUUACAUUUUCACUGAAUUUUACAUUAAUUUAAUAAAAUUAAAUA